GCGCAGGAGCCAGAACGCAGUGGUCUCCGCGCCGGCCGGGUCCGCAGCUCGGGAUCGGGUGGCUGGGGCGGGGGGAGGGGGGCCCAGGCAGGUGGGGCGGCAAGCGAUGAGUCCUGGGCGCCUCCUCCGCCUCCCGCGGGCCCCGCUCUCUGCCUCCCGCUCCGACGCCCGGAUGAUCUGAGCCGCGAGGGCUCCGAGAGCUGGGGGCCCGGACCCAGCCCGGCUCCUCCCCUCCUUCGCCCGGGCCCGGCCGCUGCCGUCGCGGGACCCCCGAACCCGGCCGCCGUCGCCGCCGCCGCCCCGGCCGAUCAAGGGACCCGCCCGCCCGCGGCUGCUCCGGACCUAGAGGAUCAAGUCAUAAUGGGAGCAUUUUUAGACAAGCCAAAGAUGGAAAAGCAUAAUGCCCAGGGGCAGGGGAACGGGUUGCGCUAUGGCCUGAGCAGCAUGCAAGGCUGGCGUGUUGAAAUGGAGGACGCACACACAGCUGUGAUCGGCUUGCCAAGUGGACUUGAGACAUGGUCGUUCUUUGCUGUGUAUGAUGGGCAUGCUGGUUCUCAGGUUGCCAAAUACUGCUGUGAGCAUCUGUUAGAUCACAUCACCAAUAACCAGGAUUUUAAAGGCUCUGCAGGAGCGCCAUCUGUGGAAAAUGUAAAGAAUGGAAUCAGAACAGGUUUUCUGGAGAUCGAUGAACACAUGAGAGUUAUGUCAGAGAAGAAACAUGGUGCAGAUAGAAGUGGGUCAACAGCUGUGGGGGUCUUAAUUUCUCCCCAGCACACCUAUUUCAUUAACUGUGGAGACUCGAGAGGUUUGCUUUGUAGGAACAGGAAAGUUCACUUCUUCACACAAGACCACAAACCAAGUAAUCCGCUGGAAAAAGAACGAAUUCAGAAUGCAGGGGGCUCUGUGAUGAUUCAGCGUGUUAAUGGUUCUCUGGCUGUGUCAAGGGCCCUUGGGGAUUUCGAUUACAAAUGUGUCCAUGGAAAAGGUCCCACAGAGCAGCUUGUCUCACCAGAGCCAGAAGUCCAUGAUAUUGAAAGGUCUGAAGAGGACGAUCAGUUCAUUAUUCUUGCAUGUGAUGGUAUCUGGGACGUCAUGGGGAACGAAGAGCUCUGUGACUUUGUGAGAUCCAGACUUGAAGUCACUGAUGACCUUGAGAAAGUUUGCAAUGAAGUAGUCGACACCUGUUUGUAUAAGGGAAGUCGAGACAACAUGAGUGUGAUUCUGAUCUGUUUUCCCAAUGCACCUAAAGUCUCAGCAGAAGCCGUGAAGAAGGAGGCAGAGCUGGACAAGUACCUGGAAUGCAGAGUAGAAGAAAUCAUAAAGAAGCAGGGGGAAGGAGUCCCUGACUUAGUCCACGUGAUGCGCACGCUAGCCAGCGAGAACAUCCCCAGCCUCCCACCAGGGGGUGAACUGGCAAGCAAGCGGAAUGUAAUUGAAGCCGUUUACAAUAGACUGAACCCUUACAAAAACGAUGACACUGACUCUGCGUCAACCGAUGACAUGUGGUGAAGCCGCUCAUGGCCAUGGGUCGCCUUCGCCGCCAAAGGAGAGUGCAGCUCAACUUGGCCGAACCUUUGAACAGCCAUCAUCAACUUUAAGGAAGAAGGGGUACGACGUGGCUGAGGGACUACACCAGAGAGCUUGAGCGGUGGAACAGCUAGCCCAGAACGGAUUUUUUUUUUUUAAUUGUAAAUUUGAGACUUAUGUAAACGUGAUUUCAAACCGUAAUUCAUGUUGUAAAUCAGACUCCAGCAAUUUUUGUUGUAUGAUUUUGGUUUUUUGUAAAGUGUAAUUGUCCUUGUACAAAGUGCUCAUAUUUAAUUAUGAACUGCUUUAAAAUCACGGUCAACGAUAAAGGAAAUGUUUGGCUUGUUGUGUGACACAACAGAUACAGUCGUGCUGUGGACAGGGAGAGCAGCAGCCACGUAGCUCGACGCUCAUGCGCGCAUGAUUAUGAAGAAUUCCAAAAUCUUACAAAGCUGAACACCCAGGGAGUUAUGGAAAACUGUCUCUGUGUUCUGGCGAGGGACUGGCUUGUUCGUGCAGCCUCUCCUUCUUACCUGUCUCUAGGAUGGCCUCUCCUGCAGCUGAGAGCACUGCAGGUGGCACCAAGUGUUGGUGACAGUAUCGAUUUGGGGCUGAAAUGCCUUGAUUCUUUGCACCUCUUCAUGAGUCCUACAUUCAGUUACUAAUUGGUAAGCAGCAGCUUCCUACACAGUAGGAGACUGCCACAUUUUUUUUUUUCCUAUCAUGAUUGGCUGGGCCUGCUGCUGUUCCUAGUAAGAUAUUCUGAAUUCCAUUUUAUCAAUAAAGCUUGGUUUAACAAACAAGAAAUUUAAUCAUGUACGCGUAGUUCCUCUUGCCCCGGCUUUCAGAACCCCAUGCUAUUGUAAAUGGGACAUGCCUCCUAGGGAAAGGUGUUAGUCUCCUUAAAUUGGAUGGUGGUAUUACCCCAGGUACAGAUGGAUCGAGAAGUCAAAGUCUGUGUUGUCCUAACCUGUUUUUAAAAUGAGUUUCUUCCAGGCUGCUUGCUUGUCAGUAAGAUGUGCAUCAGCUUGGGUUUACCUACUGUUAAUGAAAAGAAUUGUCCAAGUUUGACAAUCUUAACACUAUGAUAGAUGUGUGUGUGUUGAAUGUGUGUUUGUCUGUAACUUUUAAUUGACCCACGUCUUUAGAAUCUAAGAGGUUAAGAUGUAUUUGUGAUUUGAAAUAUAGCAUGUUGAUAAUAUUUAGCUGUUGGCCUUUAAAAAUAAACUUCAAAGCUUAAGGAAUUGUAGAUAUAAAAUACCUAAUUUAAUUUAGGCUUAACCCCCCUCCGAUUAAGCAUGUAAGAGUAAGUUUUCUGGUCUGUCACAUCAUAAAGACUACUGUUCUGUACCCGUCUGUGUUUCCGUCUCUGUAGGUUGAGUACUGCAUUUACCAACAUGUGACCGAGUCCCUAGGAACCAAUUCAAAUACGUUAGAUACAAAGUCACAACUUUGUGUACAAAAGUUAGUGUAAUACAUUUUGUUCUAUUUGUUUUCCCCAAUCUUGGAAAUAGACAUGUUUGUAUAUACAGCCUUAAAACCACUGUAACGUUAAGGGAAUAGUAGGAGAGCACUGAGAAGUGCCGCAGACUUCAGUAGCUAUAAUACCAGCGGACUCUUCAUUACCCCUCUCGUGAGCUGAUGUAACGUCAUUGUAUUUAAUUUAUAUCUUAGUCCAGCAUGAAUGAAGAAAAGCUGAAAUACUCUUGAUAUUUAGAAAUUCAUAACAGCUGCAAUUACAGAACCAAUUCCAAACUUAAUAAAUGCUUAAUGUCUAAA